AGAAUAACACUGAAUACGAUGAUGAAGCGGACCGCAUGGAAGAGGACUAGGAGGCGGUGAUCGACUGAUCGAUAAGCAGGGAAUAUUUCGCGGAAUGUUUUAGCCAAUGUGCAGGGUUAAGGUGGCAGAGACGGCAGCAUCAUGAAGCCAUGAUCAAAGUUUUGGCAGCAUCUUGUACAUGUUCUGCGGACAAUUUUGCUGCGUGGUCCCCUGCGAAUAUUUAUUUUGGCGCCGGCAUACUGUGCUGUGAAGCAUCAGUUUGGGGGCCACAAUGUGCUUGUGGACGCAUGGUUACAAUGCGGAUAGUGUUUGAAGUUUCAGCGAAUGUCUGUAGGCUUUGAAUGCUUUGCUAUUUUAUUUGGAGGGUAUCUAUACAUCAACUUGGCUGUCCUUGGUAUAAUAGCAAGAAAGGAGGUCAUGUCAUUCACUUUGCGCAAGUAUUGGGGGUUUGGACUAGGUGCUGCGCAGUGUAAAGCAGUCAGAAGGGUCAGGUCCUGGGUGGUAAAGGAUCACCAGAAUAUCGUCAUUGCACAGUACCUCUGUGUGUCUCGAUAGGUUAUGAGCGCUAGGGCAUCAACACUGGACACCGAAUGGGAUGUGUCUGUUGGAAAUGAGUAGCAGAGGAGUAAUUGUUUAUUCAAGAGUGAUGUAGGACUGUCGCUGUGGAAUAAAAAUAUUGCAGUGAGUGAUGUUAUCAACCUGUGACCGCCUGUGAGCUUUGAGCAACCUCCAAAAUUGUCUGGUCGCCCGCUGUGUAAUGGUGAAGGGGAAGCCCUUGAAAUUC